AUGCCCUGGACCAGACCUCAAGUGGAGCUUCAUCCUGGGGGCCCAGAGGUUAUGGACCACUACGGGAUAGAUGACCACCACUAUGAGGGCUCUCUGUUCCCCACCUCCACCCUCAUCCCUGUCACUGUGAUCUGCAUCCUGAUCUUCAUCGUCGGGGUCACCGGCAACACCAUGACCAUCCUCAUCAUCCAGCACUUUAAAGACAUGAAGACCACGACCAACCUCUACCUGUCCAGCAUGGCCGUGUCUGACCUUCUCAUCUUCCUCUGCUUGCCCUUUGACCUCUACCGCCUCUGGAAGUAUGUUCCCUGGGUGUUUGGGGAGGUGGUGUGUCGCUUCUAUCACUACAUCAACGAGGGCUGCACUUAUGCCACCAUUCUUCACAUAACUGCCCUGAGCAUAGAGCGCUACCUGGCUAUCAGCUUCCCUCUCAGGGCCAAGGUGGUGGUGACCAAGCGAAGGGUCCAGUACAUCAUCUUCGCCCUGUGGAUAUUUGCGCUGGUGUCUGCCGUGCCCACGCUUUUCCUGGUCGGGGUGGAGUACGACAACGACACAGACCACAACACCGGGCAGUGCAAACACACCAACUAUGCCAUCAGCUCAGGACAGCUUCACAUCAUGCUCUGGGUGUCCACCACUUACUUCUUCUGCCCCAUGUUCUGCCUCAUUUUCCUCUAUGGCUCCAUCGGGUGUAAGCUGUGGAAAAGCAGGAAUGACUUGCAAGGCCGCUGCGCGAUGGCCCGCGAAAGGUCCCACAGACAAACCGUCAAGAUCCUGGUGGUGGUGGUGUUGGCAUUUGUCAUCUGCUGGCUUCCUUACCACAUUGGCAGGAACCUGUUUGCCCAGGUGGACGACUACGACACGGCCAAGCUGAGCCAGGUCUUCAACGUGGCCUCCAUGGUGCUGUGUUACCUCAGCGCCUCCAUCAACCCCGUCCUCUACAACCUCAUGUCUCGCAAAUACAGAGCUGCCGCCAAGCGUCUCUUCAUGCUUCGCCACGGACCCAGGAAAGCCCACCGCGGCCAAAGACAGCUCUGUGUGAUAGACGACAUCACCACCCUCAACGAGACCCUCACCGGGGUGUGA